AACUUCGUUACGUCACGGUAGAAUCCCUCGAGUAUAAAAUCUGGCACUAAUGGAGUCUUACUACAACGAUAUCGUUAUGUAUCUCCUCACUGGUUUCAUCCUUCUCGUCCUCCUACCUCUCCAAAUUGCGGGGCAAACGACCACCGAUCCCAUGGCCACUGUAUCCUUGUCUGUUCCAAGCGGAGUCAUUCCAUCUUUCUCAUCGAGCGUGAAUAGUUCAAUCUCUUCCGUCGCGACCCCCACUACAAGCACCAGUACAAGUGCCGGCUUCGAAAAUAGUGUUUCGGGUGGGAUGGUCAUCGCUGGUUUAGGUGUAGGGCUGAUGGCGAUGGCUGCCUAAAUCGUGUCGGGGUUAACUGACUGCAAAGAUGAUGAACUCGGAAGACUGAUUACUUCAAUAGCUUGGGGU